GAGCUUAUGUUCAGAUCGUGUAAAUUCUCUACACUUACAUAGAAUAUGUGCUAGCAGCUAGUCUAUACAUUAUACUUUUAAUGGAAAAGCACUGAAUUUAUCAUUUUUAUACAGUUAAUAAUAAACCUAUUUGGAAAAUACCAAUCUAAAAUGGAUGUAGUUCUUGCUGUUAAGAUGUAUGUGUCGAAAAUGAUAUCAGAUAGUGGACCAGGAAUGAAGUCCCUGAUGAUGGACAAAGAAACCACUGGAGUUGUGAGCAUAGUGUAUGCAAAAUCAGAAAUACUUCAAAAAGAAGUCUAUCUUUUUGAAACCAUUGGAGCCACAAGCCGAGAUUCAAUGAAGCAUAUGAAGGUAAUAGUUUUUGUUCGACCAACAAAAGAAAAUGUCCAAUAUUUGUGUGAGGAGUUAAAGCACCCACGCUAUGGACAGUAUUAUCUGUAUUUCAGUCAUGCUCUGAGCAAAAGUGAUCUAAAAAUGCUUGCCGAAAGUGAUGAGCAUGAAAGUGUGUGCGAUAUCCGUGAAUUCUUUGCUGAUUUUUACCCAGUUGAUGUCCAUCAUUUUACCUUGAAUCUUCCAAAGUGUUCUCGACAUUUGACUUGGAAUCCCUCGGACCUAAAACGUUCAUGUCUUGGGUUAACAUCUGUGUUGUUAGCUUUGAAAAAAUGCCCCAUGAUUCGAUACCAAGCAAGUUCAAAUAUGUGCCAACAGCUUGCUGAUGCUGUGAAGUUACUGAUAUCAAGAGAGGCUUCUUUAUUUGAUUUCCGUCGCUCCGAUACGACACCAUUGCUUCUUAUUCUAGACCGACGUGAUGACGCUGUUACUCCACUUCUUAAUCAGUGGACAUAUCAAGCUAUGACUCAUGAGCUGUUAGGGAUCAAAAAUGGCCGUGUCGAUCUUUCCAAAGUUCCAAAUGUGAGCCAGGAUCUUCAUGAAGUAGUAAUGUCUCCGCUGCACGACCAGUUCUACCAUGAGAAUCUUUACAAAAACUUCGGCGAGAUAGGGACAAGUAUCAAACAGCUAAUGGAAGAAUUUCAAGCCAAAACUAAAAGUCAGCAGAAAGUGGAAUCUAUUGAAGACAUGAAGUCGUUUGUGGAAAAUUACCCUCAGUUCAAAAAGAUGUCCGGUACUGUAGCAAAGCAUGUCACAGUGGUAGGAGAACUGUCAAGGAUUGUGGCAAAAAAGAAUCUACUAGAGAUUUCUGAAUGUGAACAGGAUAUCUCUUCUCAGAAUGAUCAUUCAAAUGCUGUUCAGAGAGUGCGUUCAUUGCUUCAAUUGCCAGGCACCAGUGAUAUUGAUGCAUUGAGGCUUGUUGCGCUAUAUUCGCUCCGGUAUGAAACGCAUCCAAAUAAUGCUACCACAUCUUUAACAGACCAGCUUACGGCUCGUGACAGUCGGCGAGUUAUUUCAUCUCUUCUAAAAUAUGGAGGUUCGAGGACCAAUGCAAACGAUGUCCCAAACGCAAUUGCGAUGACGAAAAAAUUCUUUAAGGGUUUGAAAGGUGUGGAAAAUGUGUAUACACAACAUGUACCCAAAAUAAAAAGUCUACUUGAAGACCUUUUUAAAGGCCGAUUAAGAGAAUCAGAAUUCCCUUAUGCUGGUUCCUCUGUGAUGUCGGAAAGACCCAGUGAUGUCAUAGUGUUUAUUGUUGGCGGAACAACGUAUGAAGAAGUUGCCUGCGUCGACUCGCUGAAUGCUUUGAACACUGGGUGGCGUAUUGUGCUUGGUGGAACUACGAUACACAACUGCUCAAGUUUUUUAGACGAAGUUCUCAGUGCGACAUCUAUGUAACCGGAGAUGUAAUUGAAAAUAUACUCAUUAUAUGUAUUUUGAUUUUCCCUACAAACUGAUACUGUAAAAUAUGUAAAAUAAAAAUAAUAUCUUUUUAUUUUUUUUUGCUGCUUAUUCUAUUGGGUGAGGCAUUGUGUUGCAUGGUGUCCCUCAUCUGUAUAACAAAUUUGGAAAAAAAGGUUAAAAUUUUACUACUUUUAUUAAGAUGUAUGAAAAAUGUUGUAAUUUCUAAAAAAAUUCUAAAGAAACUAUCGGUCGGUUAAAAUUCAUUUCUUGACUAGUAGAUAGAAAAAAUAAUAAAUACAGCACUAUCCUAAUGGUUUUAAGAGACUUUUAUUUACUUCUUCAACAAAAAAACAUCAAAUUUUUGUUGUAUGUUGGUGCAAAUGUAUUGUUGAUUUAUAUAUUUUGCCUGAACUGUAACUAUGCGUAUUAUAUCUCAAUUUAAACUUCUAUAAAUAUGUGCACGAAGCUAGUUUCUCACUUAUUCAUAUUUAUUCUUAAAACUUAUAAAUAUUGUAAAUGUGCAAUAUCAUCUUGUCAG